AUGGGUUUGAAAACAGCCCUGUUGUCCGUUCUGGGCUUUGUCGCCUUGACAAGUGCUUCGGCAAUCCAUCCGCGUACACACAAGCCGGCAAAUGCCCAGUACUACAAUGAAAAGACAUCUCCCUAUUAUGUCCCCUCUGAUGGUAUCCCCGAACUCAACUUCGAUGUCGGAGAGAGUUAUGCUGGGCAGAUUCCGGUUGACUUGAAAAAGAACGGUGCUAAAGACCCCAAGUUCUUCUACUGGUUCUUUCCCACGGUUAACCCUGCUGGAAAGGAUGAUGUUGUCAUUUGGUUUAACGGAGGUCCUGGAUGUUCCUCCUUGGAAGGUCUUAUUCAAGAGAACGGCCCGUUCUCAUGGAAAUAUGGUACCUACAAGCCUGUUCCAAAUGCCUGGUCAUGGCACAAACUGGCCAACGUCAUUUGGGUGGAAUAUCCCAUCGGCACUGGAUUCUCAACUGGCCAUGUUUCCGCCCAGAAUAACGCCGAGACUGCAGCUCAAUUUGUCAAGUUCUGGAAGAAUCUUGUCGAUACAUUCGGCCUGCAAGGCAAGAAACUCUACGUCACUGGCGAAAGUUACGCCGGUAUCUAUGUGCCUUAUGUCGGCGCCGCCAUGCUGGACAAGAAGGACAAGUCCUACUACGACGUGAAGGGUGCUCUUUACUACGACCCUGUUAUGCCCUACGCUGACAAGCUCCGUCUUGAUCACGCUGCGUUCCCGGGUUUCUUCCGCCAUUGGGAAAGUGUCUUUGCCAUCCCUGAUAAGAACAAGAAGAUCCUCGACAACGACAACGAAAAGUGUGGACUGGACAAAUACCGCGAGGCUCACCUGACUUACCCUCCUCCCCCAGCACCUUGGAAGCCAGUUCAAGUCAAGGGAUGCGAUAUAACUGCUCAUUUCGAAGAAAUCAACACUGUUAUCAACCCCUGCUUCAACGUCUACCACGUCCAGGAUACUUGUCCAGUUCUUUGGGACGUGCUGGGCUUUCCCUCUGUGCAGUACAACCCCCCUGGCGCAACUCUGUUCUUCAACAUCCCCGGAGUCCGCAAGGCGAUUCACGCACCCGCUGCACCUAAGGACUGGGAAUCAUGCUCAGGCCCAGUCUUUGUUGACGACAAUGACAAUUACGACCCUGCAGAACACGAGAAGAAAUUCCAGACUCUGGUCGAAAGAACCAACAACGUCAUGAUCGGUUCUGGCAUGGCCGACUACAUCAUCACAUCCAACACGACAGCGCUAGCAGUUCAGGGUCUGAAGUGGAACGGCAAGCAAGGGUUCCAGAAGGCCCCCAGCCAAGAGUUUGUUGUUCCGGUCAUCAACAACACCGCCAAGAACGUUGAGAACUGGGCUGGAGGCAGCGUUCAGGGAUCAGUCCACACUGAGCGAGGUUUUACGCUGGCUACUGUCAAGACAAGUGGACAUAUGGUGCCGCAGUACGCUCCACCGGCAGCCUUUAGACAGCUGGAGUUUAUGCUUGGACGCGUCAAGUCGCUCACAGAGCCCGAGGACUUUUCCAUCAAGAUAUCUACUUCUUUCAAGUGGCCAUACUAG